AUGAAAGAUUUUAUCAAACGAUUUUUCGGUAAUCCUGACGAUGAUGCGUCUAAAUGGCUCGCUAGUAUUAAUCAUUUUUUUGAUAUCCUUCGUCUACCCGGUAAUAAGGAUGAGUUAUGUUUUCAAUAUGCUCCAGCAUUUUUAAAAACAUAUGCAUAUCGAUGGUGGACAGAAAAUAAAUCUUUUAUUAGUGAUUGGUCGCUUUUCAGACAAAUGUUCAUCGAACAAUUCGGCGAAAAGAAUGAAUACAUAUCGGAACAACAAAUGAAUCAACGUAAACAACAAUCCCAUGAACCAGUUAUUAAAUAUUAUUAUGAUAUGAUGGAAUUAUGUCAUAAAUGUGAUCCGACUAUGUCAAAUAAACAAAAAGUUCAUAAACUUAUUUUAGGAUUACGAUUGUCAUUGUAUCAAGAAGCGAUUAAAGAUGAUUAUUCUACACCGAAAGAAUUUCUAGUCAAAGUUCAACAACUGGAAAAUAUAGAGAAGCUGGUUGAAUUACGUCAAACUUCGAUUAACGAUUCAACGACAAGACAACAACACAAUGAUGAUCCGAGCUCUUGUCCACAGAUUGAAUCAUCUUCUUACGUUCAUCAUCAAAAUCCAUCAUCAGUUUCUUCACAUCAUUUCUAUCAGUCAAAUGUUCAACCAGAUUCAUUUGAUUCUUGUUAUUAUCGUACAUUUCCCAAUUCAGAUCGAGCUUCACAAUAA